UUCUAUCAGUUUCUCAUCAUCUAUACCCUAUUACCAAAGUCAGUGUUAUAGAGGCUUACUCAGAAGCCAGAAAAAGUGCUGUCAGCAGGUGAUAGGAAACCUAGGGUAGGGACUGCUGAAACAAAAGUUUGUGAUCUACCCAGUCAGUGGGCAGCACAGAUGAUACACACCUUAACCUAGAGCCCAAAGAGGGGACCUGCACACAUACCCAGUGUGUGUUGGUCUCCCAACUACCAAGUCCUCCCUGUCCCAAGGAUCAUACUCAGAUUUGUUUGGUUUCAUUACCACCCCCUCCUAGCCAGCAGGUGUAAAAUGGCUCUCCCUGCAACACAAGCAGUCUACCCUCUUCCUCCUAGGCAUGGACAGUUUCUCAGGUUCCCUGACAUUCUUCAGGUCUAGGGUUUGCCUGGUAAGUAUGUGUGUUUACACAGUCAGCUGCUGCCCUUCUAAAGGCACAGUUUGGCCCUGACCUCUUAGAUCUUCAAGUACCAUCCCACUGUGCCCUCUGCGCCUUCAUUUUUUUUCCCUUUCCUGUGUGCUAAAUGUCCUUGAUAGUUUCCUCUGUAAUAAGGUAAAACUAUUCUCCUAAUUGAGAAAUAAAGCCCCUUUGAAGACUAGAGACAAGUUUGAGAGGGAUGAUGGAUCUUUCAGAUCAGGAUGAUAACCCUGAAACCCUAAUAAGCUGCUGCUCCAUUUGGUACUGGCCUUUGGCCUCUGGCCUAUAUUCCCUUGUGGGUCUUGUCUAUAGGAUAUGCCCUAAAGUGCUAAAUUCUUUAAAGUCAUGCCCAGGUCCCUGAACCUCACUUUGUCCUUGUGUACUCCAGGCCACCUGGCAUGCUGGGAAAUUCCCAGGGCCUAGAGUUUCAUCUGUGUGAAUCACACUGUUUCUUCUCUCUUUUUAUUCUGUUUAUUUUUGUUGUUGUGUCACUGACCAGCCGGCUGCCCUUUCUCCGGUGUGGGCCCUCUCCUCUCUCCAUGCUUCCGUUCGCGUUCCACCGGCCAGAGGUGACCAGGCCCCGCUCUCUACGUGGCCACUGUCAGGGGGGCCAUGGGGAGCUCUGCCUCCUCCCUGGCUGCCGAGACGGAGUCAGACCACGGCUUCCCUGGGGGGCCACCCUACCCAGGGCCCCCAACAGCAGCUGGCUGGUGUAGGAGCGGCCCUGGGGAGACUGUCUGGGGAAGUGCUCUGGUCACCAGGCAGCACCCACGUCCCCGGGCCCGAAGCCACACACAUUCUCCUGGGUCUAUGGCCGCAGUUGGGGAGUGGUCCUGUGCGCGCUGCACCUUCCUGAACCCUGCCGGCCAACGCCAGUGCUCCAUCUGUGAGGCCCCCAGGCACAAGCCAGAUCUUGACCAGAUCCUGCGGCUCAGUGUAGAGGAACAGAAAUGGCCCUGUGCGCGCUGUACAUUCCGGAACUUUUUAGGCAAAGAGGCUUGCGAAGUGUGUGGCUUUACCCCAGAGCCUGUUCCUGGAGCCCCUCUGCUGCCCAUUAUCAAUGGGGUCCUGCCCAAGCCACCCACCAUACUGGUGGAACCAAAGGGCAACUGCAAGGAGGAAGCAGGGCCUGUGCGGACAGCAGGGCUGGUGGCCAUGGAGCCAGCCAGAGGGCACUCUGAGGAAGAAGAAGAAAAAAAGGAACAGGAAGAUGAAGGGGAAGGGGCAGAGUCUGGUAGUGGUUGGGCAUGCCAGCGCUGUACCUUGCAUAACACACCAGUGGCUAGCUCUUGUUCUGCCUGUGGGGGACCCCGGAAACUGUCAUUGCCACGCAUCCCCCCGGAGGCCCUGGUGGUUCCAGAGGUUGUGGCCCCUACUGGCUUCCAUGUUGUUCCUGCUCCAUCCCAGCCUAUCCUCCCUGGAGAAAGUGCUGAAGCUGAUUCUCCUUCUACCAGCCAGGGUCCCACCUCCACUGACCAGGAGCCCCCCAGGGUACUACCCUUCAGCUCCUUCUCACCCACCCUACAGAACAACCCUGUACCCAGAAGCCGCCGGGAGGUCCCCCCUCAGCUUCAGCCACCUGUGCCUGAGGCUGCUCAGUCCUCGACCUCCACAAGCUCCAAAGGGCCUCCACAGGGCCCUGGUAGAGCUGCAGCUGGGGCCUCCCGCCUAGCUGAGUUGCUAUCAGGCAAGGAGUUGCUAUCAGGCAAGCGACUGAGUAUGUUGGAGGAGGAGGCCCCGGAGAGCAGCCCUGCCCGAUGUGAGUCGUGCAGUGAUGUCAUUGACCUGACUGGAGACACUGUGCGCUACACACCUGCCAGCCCCUCCAGCCCUGAUUUCACCACCUGGUCAUGUGCCAGGUGCACACUUAGGAACCCCACAACAGCCCCCAGGUGUUCAGUGUGUGGUGGCUCCAAGCUACAUGGUUUCCAGGAGCACAGUGAACCCCCUACCCAUUGCCCCGACUGUGGUGCUGACAAGCCUGGCCCCUGUGUUGGUUCCUGUGGACGAGCUCCCUCAGCACACAAGGCUGCCCGUCUCUUGCCUGAUCGUCUGGGCCAAUGGGCCUGCCCUGCCUGCACCCUGAUUAACACACCUCGGGCCAAGCACUGUGCAGCCUGCCAUACACCACAACUUCUGGUGACCCAGUGCCGGGGGACUACACCCCUGAGGCGCAGGGAAAGCAUGCAUGUGGAGAAGCGGAGGCAGACAGACGAGGGCGAGGCCAAGGCACUCUGGGAGAACAUAGUGGCUUUCUGCAGAGAGAAUAGUGUGAACUUUGUGGAUGACAGCUUCCCACCCGGCCCUGCAUCUGUCGGCUUCCCAGUGGGUGACAGCGUCCAGCAACGAGUGAAACAGUGGCUGCGGCCCCACGAAAUCAACUGCUCUGUCUUCAGGGACCAUGGCACUCCGUGGUCAGUCUUCCACACCCUGAGGCCCUCUGACAUCCUACAGGGGCUGCUGGGGAACUGCUGGUUCCUGAGUGCGCUGGCAGUAUUGGCUGAACGUCCUGACCUUGUGGAGAGAGUGAUGGUCACACGUAGCCUGUGUGCAGAGGGUGCCUACCAGGUGCGGUUGUGCAAGGAUGGCACGUGGACAACAGUGCUGGUGGAUGACAUGCUGCCCUGUGAUGAGGCUGGCUUUCUGCUCUUCUCACAGGCACAGCGGAAGCAGCUGUGGGUGGCCCUCAUUGAGAAGGCACUGGCCAAGCUGCACGGCUCCUACUUUGCCCUCCAGGCAGGCCGUGCCAUUGAGGGCCUGGCCACACUCACUGGUGCCCCUUGUGAGAGCCUGGCACUGCAGGUCAGCUCCACCAACCCCCGAGAGGAACCUGUUGACACUGACCUCAUCUGGGCCAAAAUGCUGAGUUCUAAGGAGGCUGGGUUCCUCAUGGGUGCCUCCUGCGGGGGAGGUAACAUGAAAGUGGAUGAUGCAGCCUAUGAGAGCCUGGGUCUUCGUCCCCGCCACGCUUACUCUGUCUUGGAUGUUCGUGAUGUUCAGGGCUCCAGUCCUGUGAUCCACAGGCUCCUGCGACUUCGGAACCCAUGGGGCCGCUUCUCCUGGAAUGGCAGCUGGUCGGAUGAGUGGCCACAUUGGCCAGGGCACCUGCGAGCUGAGCUCAUGCCACACGGUAGCAGCGAGGGUGUUUUCUGGAUGGAGUAUAGUGACUUUAUCAGGUACUUUGACUCCGUGGACAUCUGCAAGGUACACUCGGAUUGGCAGGAGGCUCGGGUUCAGGGAUGUUUCCCAAGCACUGCCAGUGGACCAGUGGGUGUGACGGCACUCACAGUGCUGGAGCGUGCCUCACUGGAGUUUGCCCUUUUUCAGGAGGGCAGCAGGCGCUCGGAUUCAGUAGACAGCCACCUCCUGGAUCUGUGCAUACUGGUGUUCCGGGCCACUUUUGGCACUGGUGGCCGCCUGAGCCUGGGCCGCCUCUUGGCCCACAGCAAACGUGCUGUUAAGAAGUUUGUGAACUGUGAUGUCAUGCUGGAGCCUGGCGAGUAUGCUGUGGUGUGCUGUGCCUUCAACCACUGGAACCCUGCUCCACCAGGGCCCCCUGCCCAGGGUAAGGGCCCCAGCCAGAUGAGGCCCACACCCGCCUUCCCACCCUCUGAGCCCCAAAGCCCACCCACGGGAAAGCUCCUGGCUCCCUUAUCCACACCCCCCACAGCCUCCAGCCCCUCAGCAGGGGUCUCCCGAGGUGCCCCCGAGCCACCCGGCCACGUACUCGCAGUGUACAGCUCCAGGCUGGUCAUGGUGGAGCCGGUGGAGGCGCAGCCAACCACACUGGCCGAUGCCAUCAUCCUGCUCACUGAGAGCCGGGGCGAGCGGCAUGAGGGCCGUGAGGGCAUGACCUGCUACUACCUGACUCAUGGCUGGGCGGGGCUCAUCGUGGUAGUGGAAAACCGGCACCCCAAGUCCUACCUGCACGUGCAAUGUGAUUGCACCGACAGCUUCAAUGUGGUAUCCACACGUGGCAGCCUGCGCACCCAAGAUAGUGUACCACCCUUGCACAGGCAGGUCCUGGUGAUCUUGUCCCAGUUGGAAGGCAAUGCCGGAUUCUCUAUCACCCACCGCCUGGCACAUCGAAAGGCAGCCCAGGCCUUCCUCAGCGACUGGACAGCCUCUAGGGGUACCCACAGUCCCCCACUCACACCUGAUGUGGCUGGUCUACAUGGACCCCGGCCACUAUGACUACAGUUCCCUAGGGCAGGGGCUGUGUGCAGAUCCACCCACCUGCCCUCCCCUACAUGCACUUUAUGAGGGAGACCCCCAAUGGAGGAUGCUUGAACCAGAAUCUCAGGACCCUGCCCAGGGAGCAG